GUUGAUCAGCUCUUGUACUUUAUUAUUGAUAUUAGAACAUAAUUGGAUAGUAUUCAAUGCAUAAUCAGUUAUCACACCACAUCAUCAAAAUUUAUGAAUUGGUAUCUAUUUACAUUAAAUCUUAUUUGAAUUGAAAAAUGGAAAAUAACUCUGAUCAUACAGAACAUUUAAGCCCAAUAUCUGUCCAAGAAGUUGAUGUUGAUUUCUUGCCAAUUGUAUACGAAAUAAUUCGAAGCGUAGAACGUGAUUUUCAUGACACGACCGCAAAAGCCAGGGAGUCGCAAGAUUGUAGUUUAAAAGUACUUGAGUUGCAGAAAAGACUUGACAUCGCGCGUUCACAGAUAAAACGACUUCCAGGUAUUGAGUUCAAUAAACAAGAUCAACUGAAGCAAUUUGACAUUCUUCAAACUCAACUGAGGCUGAAGAGGGAGUUAUUACAGAAGUAUCGUAACAUGUGCUCAUUUGAGACAUCAUUCAAGUGAAAAUGCCUC